AUGAAGAGGCAGGGGACCUCCUCGGAGCGGAAACGGGCGCGCAUACCGUCCGGGAAGUCCGGAGCAGCAAAUGGAUUUCUCAUGGAAGUGUGUGUUGAUUCAGUAGAGUCAGCUGUAAAUGCAGAAAGAGGAGGUGCUGGUCGGAUUGAAUUAUGUUCUGGCUUACUGGAAGGAGGAACCACACCCAGCAUGGGUGUCCUUCAAGUAGUGAAGCAGUGUGUCCAGAUUCCAGUUUUUGUGAUGAUUCGGCCGCGUGGAGGUGACUUUUUAUAUUCAGAUCGUGAAGUUGAGGUGAUGAAGGCUGACAUUCGUCUUGCCAAGCUUUAUGGUGCUGAUGGUUUGGUAUUUGGAGCAUUGACUGAAGAUGGACACAUUGACAAAGAGUUGUGCAUGUCCCUUGUGGCUAUAUGCCGUCCUCUGCCAGUCACUUUCCACCGAGCCUUUGACAUGGUUCAUGAUCCAGUGGCAGCUCUAGAGACCCUCUUAACCCUGGGAUUUGAACGAGUAUUGACCAGUGGAUGUGACAGUUCGGCACUAGAAGGGCUACCCCUAAUAAAGCGACUCAUAGAUCAGGCAAAAGGCAGGAUUGUGGUAAUGCCAGGGGGUGGCAUAACAGACAGAAAUCUACAAAGGAUCCUUGAGGGUUCGGGUGCUACAGAAUUUCACUGUUCUGCUCGGUCUGCUAGAGAUUCAGGAAUGAAGUUUCGAAAUUCCUCUGUUGCCAUGGGAGCCUCUCUUUCUAGCUCAGAAUAUUCUCUAAAGGUAACAGAUGUGGCACAAGUAAGGACUUUGAAUGCUAUUGCAAAGAAUAUUCUGGUUUAG